UAUAACCUCACCCGCCCGCCCUCGCAUCCGCAGCCCACCGGAACACAAGCAAACGCACGCGAUCUCGCCGCAAACCGCCGGGUCCCCCCGCGCGCGCUCACGCACACACACUCCCCAGCUCCUCAUCCUCGCGCGGGGGCGGGAGGAGCGAGAGCUUAAACUAACCCCGGGUCUACCAUGGGCAACUUCGCGUCGUGCACGCUGGCGACGACGCCCGGGACCGGGCGGGGCGCCCGGGUCGUGCUCCCGGACGGGCGGGUGCGGCAGGUGCCGCUCCCGGCGACGGCGGCCGAGCUGAUGCUCGAAGUGCCGGGCCACUUCCUCGCGGACGCGCGCGCGCUGCGCCCUGGGAGGCGGAUCGAGGCGCUCCCGGCGGACGAGGCGCUCGUGCGCGGGGCGCUCUACGCCACGCUCCCCAUGAAGCGCCUGGGCGCGCCCGUGGCGCCCGCGGACGUGGCGCGCCUGGCGGCCGCGGUUAUCGCCAGCGGGGAGAAGGCGCGGGCGGCGAGGAGGAGGAUGAGGCCGGCGUCGUCGCCAGCCGCUACGGCCAAGGUGGCAGCCGUCGUCGCGCCGCCUGAGGUUGUGGAGGCAGCCGCCGCCGCAGCGCCGCUUCUCGAGACGGACGCGAGCAAGCCGAGGGCCCCGAGGCUGGAGGAGAUGGCCGUGGACGACGAGGCCGCCGCGGCGGAGAUCGAGGAGCUCAAGCAGCGGCUCAGCGGCGGCGGGCGCCGGUCGAGGCGGCCGACGCUGGAGACGAUUCAGGAGGAGAGCUACGCGGCAGCGAGAUGCUGAUGCAGGUCAAUAAUGGUCAAGGCCAACCAAACACAGAUGGCAAAGGCUGUCUCUCGUAGGCUCAUAGCUUCUUUUUGUUUUUUUUCCUUUUUCACUUCUCCCCUAUUCACCUUGUGUAAAAUACCAGUACUUUUUUUUCGGUGCUGCCUCCUUUUCCAUUUAUUUUGGAGAGAGGAAAGAGGAACAUGAGUUGGACAGAAACGGUUUUGAAAAGUGAUUAAUAGAAAUGAAGGAAACCUUAGCGAUUCAGUUA